UUAAAGUUGACAUGAAGUUAACAGUGGACUUUGUUGACAAAAUUAACCCCUUGAAACAAAAUGGGCCAUUCCCCUAUCCUGAGCUCUAAGAAGGAGCAGACGACAAUCCGAGCAGACGACAGACGACCGUCAAAGAACAACAUGGUGGCCAUCCUGACCCUCGCGUUUUGUCUCUCAGCUGUGACAUGUGUUUUUGCUUUUCCAAAUGGUGCCCCAGCGGAAUUAUGCGGCAGUCCGCUCGGACGCCCAAUGCACAACGAGACGCUACCACAGAGCACUUGCAGCCCGUUUCAAAUCGUCGUGAAUGCCACCGAAUACGGACCACAGCAGCCAAUCAACAUCACCAUCCAUGGCAACGGCGUCCCAUUCAGAGGUUUCCUCGUGACAGCUGACACGACGACGGGGAUGUUUGACGGUACCUGCCUCAACACCUCCGCCGACGCCAAGGCCGUUCCCAACUGUGGCAUGACUCACUCCAGCAGUGUCGACAAAACGUCAGUGACGCUAUUGUGGUACCCACCAACCAUCGUGCACGUCGGCAGCAUCCAGUUCAAGCUUGUGGUCGUCAAGGAAUAUUCUACAUAUUGGUCUGAUGUUCGCUCAUCCGUGCUGACUCCAAGUAAAACAGGAUAUUACUCAUUGACAGACAUCUGGGAGCUUGGUUGGUUCAACCCCGGGUCUGCUGUUGGCGGUCACAACCAGCACGCAGGGUCAGGGCGAGUUCACAUGCCUUCAGUGGGCAGACAGUUCGCUUGAGGCACACCAGAAUUAAACAGGAAGAUUCGACCAUCAUCUCACCAGACACGACUUGAAGUUCUACGAUCCACGUCUUUUAUGCAUCUGGAUAACCUUUUAACGUGUGUUUGCUAUAGGUCGAUAUUGUAUCAUGCAUGCAAGUCAAUGGCCUUGAUACACUCACUCUUUAUGUUAAGUCAAGGACUACCAGCUUACAAUUUAAAGCAAAACGUGCAUGUUUUGACAUGGACUGUUUAGACCAUGAUUAUUGCUAAGACACCAAAUUUGAGCCUUGGGGGAGAGGAAGAUGAUUAAAGCAACGACUUACGUGUUCUCCAGUCGAGAUGCGAUCCUUAUAAGGCAAGGAUUAAUACUACGAUCAACAAUAACCACGCUUCGUGAAGACGAUCUCCGGUAAUUAGAAACAAGAUCAGGGCCUGCACACACACAAAAAAAAUAUCUCAAUCUACCAUAGUUAAUCCCAUUCUUUUACGUUGGCUUACAUUAGUCGUAGCGCUAAGAACAGUUUGUGCAUAUUAUCCCAGGAACUUAGAUGAAACCGCUUGGAUGUCUUAGAGACAUAUCCCAGCUUGUAGCUCUGUCAGGAAUGUUUUUCCACUUUGUGCAUUGUUUUAUGCCGUUGCAGCUCUCACAGGGGUUAACUUCAUGACUUAAUCUUGAUGUUUUCGGCGCCUUGCAACUUCUGUGUUCAUUACGAUGUGUGAAUAAACUUUAUUUUUUAUGA